AUGUUCAUUCACAUGCUCGUUCUUGAACCAAAUUUUCUCUUUGUUACAGGAGUUGACGACACCCACAAGUUUUUGGGGAACGAAACCCACACUGACUACUUCAGGUUAUUACUAAGAGACGGAAACUACCUACUAGUUGGUGGCAGAAAUGUGGUAUACAACCUCAGCCUCACAGACCUGACUGAGCAACGCCGGCUAGUAUGGUACUCGCCGGAGAAUGACGUCAAGAUGUGCGUCGUCAAGGGGAAGGACGAGGAAAGCUGCCAGAACUAUAUCCGCGUGCUGGUCUCCCUGGGCUCUGGGAGGCUCCUGGUCUGCGGUACGAACAGCUUCAAGCCAUUCUGCAGGGAGUACAGCGUCCAGCGAGACUCCUACCACAUGGAAAGAGAAAAGUCUGGUCAAGCAGUCUGUCCUUACGACCCAGAACAUAAUUCUACUGCAGUAUAUGCGGACGGAGAGCUAUAUUCAGGGACGGUAGCAGACUUUAGUGGUAUGGAGCCCAUCAUCUAUAGAGAACCCCUGCAAACGGAGCCGUAUGAUUCUAUGACCUUAAAUGCUCCGGACUUCGUGAAUUCACUAGUACAUGGUAACUUCGUGUACUUUUUCUUUAGGGAAACAGCGGUGGAGUACAUCAAUUGUGGAAAGUCGGUAUUUUCCCGCGUUGCGCGCGUUUGCCGCGACGAUCGUGGCGGGCCGCAUCGGUUCAAGCAACGUUGGACAUCAUUCCUCAAGUCCCGGCUUAACUGCUCCGUUGCUGGCGACUUUCCUUUCUAUUUUAAUGAAAUUCAAUCUACAACUGAGCUAAUAGAAGGCGUUUACGGAGGCCUGAACGCUCAGUUAAUCUACGGUACGUUCACGACACCACCUAACAGCAUAUCAGGGAGUGCUGUGUGCGCCUUUAGCAUGCAAGAUAUUGCUGAUACCUUUGAAGGAACAUUUAAGGAACAAAGCGCCCUUAAUUCAAAUUGGCUGCCUGUUAAUACUGCAAAGGUGCCAGAACCUCGUCCUGGAACAUGUCACAAUGACUCAAGACAGCUGCCAGAUCAAACUCUCAACUUCAUUAAAACACACGCACUGAUGGACGAAUCAGUGCCAGCAUUCUUUGGAGAACCUAUUGUUAUUAGGACUAGCUUUCACUAUCGGUUUACUCAAAUAGCUGUAGAUCCACAAGUGAAGACUCCUGGAGGGAAAGCCUAUGACGUACUAUUUAUUGGAACAGAUAACGGUAAAAUCAUCAAAGCCAUUAACGCAGUGUCAUACGACUCCAAUAAAAGAGCUGUUCCAGUCGUAAUAGAAGAACUACAAGCAUUCGCAGCUGGCUCUCCAGUCAGAGCCCUGAGAGUGGCCAGAGCUGGAAGAGAUGCAGCCAGAUUAAUAGCUGUGUCAGACAGAGAGGUGUUGAGUUUGCGAUUGCAUCGGUGUUCGAGCGACAAAAUUAGCUCCUGUUCCGAAUGUGUAGCCUUGCAAGACCCAUACUGUGCAUGGGAUAAACAGGCAGGACGAUGCCGUGCUUAUUCGCACGGAGUCAGCCGAUGGCUGGACGAAAACUCCUUCUAUCAGAGUGUCGCUACUGGAAGUCAUACUGCCUGCCCUCACAGCAAAGAUGCGGGUGCAGUUGGGGGCCUGAGUUCUGGACUGUACGACGACGCGAGAGGAGAGAACAAGGGAGAAGUCAUCAAUAUCGUACAGGAUAAAGAUGGGAAAGGUGGCAAUAAUAAUAACGAAGGCCCAGAAGUUUUAGCGGCUGAUCCCCCUCCAGCAGCGUACUCAGUAGAAACACUGGCUCUGGCUGUAGCUGCUGGAGCGUUGGCAGCUUUAGGCGCUGGGUUUGCUGCUGGAUACAUAUGCGGAAGACGAUGCAAGAAGGAUGAAGAUGACAAUAUGCCUUAUCCCGAUACGGAGUACGAGUAUUUUGAACAGAGACAAAAUAUUAACAGAAUCCAAGCAGAACCAAAGCUCCUCCAACAAGUAGAAGAAGUAACCUACGCGGAACCAGUCUUGGCCCCGCAGCCGAAGCCAGCGUCUCCCCGGGCAACUCUCCGCAAACACCCUCCAUACCACCCUCACCACGAAACGCUGUUCCAGUUCCAGCCCGAUUCUUACCGUCGGGACAACUUCGGGACUCUACGCUCCCAUCAGGUCAAUGGCGAUGGGUACCGGCGCGGGAACGACAACGGGUUCUCGACCACGCGUUCAGUGAAGAAGGUGUACCUCUGAGAAACAAGCGGGGCGGAUACGCGCGACCAAAUGCACCACCAUAAGCAUAAUACGCACCACCACCAUACGUUGGUGUCGCAGCGCAGCAGCGGUUCCGGGUCGGCAUCCGCGAGCGGUGGGUCGUCGUCGUCACCGUCCCCGCCGUCGUCGUCGCCGUCGCCGUCGGGUGAGCGCCCUCCCACCCCGCCGCCGCCCGCUCCGCAGCCCUGCGCCUACAUCUACCGCAACUAGCGCGUCGCCUCUCACCGCCCCGCACCAUCUCGGAACACCCUCGUUCAUAAACGAGUAAACCUAAACGGACCUUCGAAAUUAGAAAGACUUUAUUGUGGACUGAGACAUUCCAAAAUUCGUGAAUCGAAAGUGAUCCUUGUUCGAAAACGUGUAGAAAUGUUAAGACGAUCGUGUUUUGUUUUCGCCGC